CUUCCGCAUCAGGGUCCUAAUACGCAUGCGCCAAUGCCAGCGCGGAAAUUUACAAAUGGCGGACGACGGUGAAGUUUUUGUAAACAGUAAAAUAUCAUGUGUUAGUUCAAAGUGUGUCGACGAAAUAAUAAGUGCUGUGAAUGAUGAAACAAGAAAGAUCAUAAGUAAAAAUGUAGAUUGGACUGAUGAGCAAAAAGAAAGGCUGAGGCAACGAUUUACAGAGAUUUAUGCCAAUGCUUUCAAUGUGAACAUCCAGAUAGAUUACCAGUCUAGUUCUGAAGCAGCUACAGAUGAAUUAGAACCCAUAAAUCUUGAUAGACGGAAUUAUGUCAACACCACCCUACUACCGGCUCUUGAUCAGGUCAUCAAACGAACCACACGGAGCAGAAAGCAUUGCCCGCUUUUGUGCACCCAGUAUUUAUGCAGAGAGGGGAAGGCCGAAAAGAAGUUCUUGACUAGUGCUGUUGUCAAAACAGAGAGUUCCAUCACACAGGAGCCCACGUCUCUGGACAAGUCUUUUGAUGAUUUACAGGCAAGGCUAGGGAGGACCUGCAAAGACUUGAAAACUUUAAUGAAGACACUACCAGAAACAGUUGACAAGUUUGAGCAACUACAGAGAGCUCUCAAGAUGAACUCUGCCAUGACAUCAAAAACUGACGAUGUGAUUUUCAACCCCUUGCCUGAAGAGGACAAAAUGGCAGAUUCAAUGACACCCCUUCGUAAAAGACUUAAUCCCGAUGAGAUGCCGGCAUCUCCAAAGAAGGCAAAGCGUGCCUGUGUGUUGAACAGAGAGAGGCUCAGCAAGAGACACAGAGGGUACAAGCUGAAGUAACGUGUAGCAUUUUUAUCAUUAUUAUUAUAAUAAGGCUUGGGGAAUGAUAAACAGAAGACAGAUGUGUAAAGACUGGAUGAAAACGUGUAUGUUGAGUUGUCAUUUUAAUAAGCAUUUUUACCAUGUUUUGCUGUGCUCUUGUUUUGAUUCUAGAACUUGUGGCUUUAGUUUAUGUGGGGAGUACAUAGUAUAUUUCAACAGGUUUAUGAACUGUACUCUUCAUAUGUAAUGUUAUAAGGCUGAAAGAUUCAUGAAAAAAAUAAACAAUUAUACAUUUUUGCUUUGCAGUUACAAUUUACUAAUUUUUAAUGGACUCCCAUCUCAAAUUUUUAUGUUUUUUGUAUUCUGUUGGUAAUUUGGAGAAAAUUUUAAAAUAAAGCACAGUGAUAUGCCACUGUCAUUUUAUGACAGGAGUACAUCUUGCUUACUUGAGGAUAGAAUGUUGUAGAUAUCCUUGUAAUGAUAAUGUGUUUUGCUCCUUUGUUUUAGUGUUUGUAUUUGUGAAGAGGAUCUUUUUUUAUUUUGUUAAAUAGACAGUUAAUGGAGUUUUGGUUCUUAUUUUGCAUGUCUUUAUAUAGAAAAUAAGCUAUAUCUUUGAGAUGUGAAAUUAUCACAACUGUGCUUAGAGAGUAUAAAACAGUGAACUUGUCUGGAGUGAAGAAUUAGUAACCUUUAGCUGUAUGUCAUGUGUGCAGAACAAACACAUUCAAAGAGCUAAUCUCUCUAUGAGAUGAAGAUCACAUAGUUCACACAUCUUAUCCAGUACACCCAAACCUUUGCUUUUCAUUUUACUGCUUCACCAUUUCAUUGCAAGCAGUUGAGCUGUAGUGAGCUGACAGCUCAUAUGCUUGAGGUAAAGAUCUUGGACAAUUUUUUUUUCUUUUUUUUUAAGUCUCAAAUCCUCAAAAGGGCUUCUAUAAACUUUAUUAUGUCUUUUGUCAAUAUUGUUAUCACUUUAUGGCAGUAGUAACAAUGUGUGGUGAUUGUUUGAGACUGUUUAAGAGGAGCAUCCUUCCAACUGUAAUAAAUUCUGGAUUUUAUAAAUGAACUUUAGGUUCUUUGGUGGACUAUGUAAUACCUGUUGUGUAUAUUCUACUUAAAUAGUUUAACCUUAUUUUCAGUAUUUACUUGCACCUAAAGGGUAUCUGCAUUGAAUUAUGCAUGUUAAUCAAUAUAAAAUAUUGAUUGGAUGAAAUAAUUAUAUUAAUAUCUAUUAUAUCUCCAAGACAUAACAUUUACUACUGCAAAUAGACAAAGAAUGUAGGAGCUGGUAUAACCAUUGUAAAUAAUGCAUUUAUUAAAGUAACUUUGUUGCUGAUUACAAAUAAAUACUAUUUGUAUGCUUAAAAUAAAACAAGAC